AAUCCAUAUAUACCUUUCAGUCAAAUUUAUAGAUUUACAAGCAAUGCAGAAAGAGUUACUGAGGGCAACAUUGCAAUGCUUUAUUCUGUUAUUAUAUUAUUUGAUCUAAUAUCUGCACGUGAGUAACAGAAAAGGUGCGUCUCAUUUCUCGUCCUUGUAUCGUGAAUCUGUUUAGUGUGAAUAAAUUCAGUCCCUGCAAGCAGUGACAGAGAAACGGAGCUUUCUCGAAACUCCACUGAUUCACAAAAAUGAUUCGGACAAAGUGUUGAAACAGAAGAACUCCUGCUGAAGUGACUGAGAUAUGUGAGACUCACGAUUAUAAAGAUGGCAUUUAUUAAAGAGGAGAGUGAAGACAUAAAGAUCGAAGAAACAUUCACAAUCAAACAAGAAGAUACUGAGGAACAAACAGGUCUGAUAGAAGAGAACAAGGAUAUUGAAGAACUCAUUGAAGCAGGGGAGAAACAUCAGGUCAAAACUGAAGAGAUAUCCUGGAGUUCCUCAUUGAAAAAUGACAAUAUAUGUUUCACUUGCUCUCACUGUGGAAAGAGUUUGUCAUGCAAGCAAAAUCUUGACCUUGACAUAAUAUUUAAUCGUGGAGGGAAGCCAUAUGUGUGUGAUGAGUGCGAGAAGAUUUUCACAAUAAAAGGAAACCGUACUGAACACAUGAAUAUUCACACAGCAGAGAAGCCACACACAUGUGAUCGAUGUGGGAAGAGUUUCCCAUAUAAAGGAAACCUUAAAGAACACAUGAAAGUCCACACUGGGGAGAAGCCACACAAAUGUGAUCAAUGUGAGAAGAGUUUCCCAUAUAAAAGAAACCUAAAAGGACACAUGAAAGUCCACACUGGGGAGAAGCCAUACACAUGUGAUCAGUGCGGGAAGAGUUUCACACAUAAAGGAAACCUUAGCAAACACAAGAAAAUCCACACUGGAGAUAAACCAUAUGCAUGUGAUCAAUGUGGGAAGUGUUUCAUACAAAAAGUUACUUUUAAUGAUCACAUGAGGAUCCACACUGGAGAAAAGCCGCACAAAUGUGAUCAGUGUGGGAAGAGUUUCACACGAAAAAGAGGCCUUACAGUACACAUGAAAGUCCACACUGGAGAGAAGCUGUUCACAUGUGAUCAGUGCGGGAAGAGAUUCCCAUAUAAAAGAAACCUUAUAGAACACAUGACAAUUCACACAGGAGAGAAACCGCACACGUGUGCUCAAUGUGGGAAGAGUUAUACACAAAAAGGAGGCCUUAAAGAACACAUGAAAAUCCACACUGGAGAAAAGCCACACACAUGUGAUCAGUGUGGGAAGAGUUUCAGAAUAUCAAGCGUUUUUAAAGAACAUCUGCUUACUCAUUCUAGAGAAAGGCUAUAUAGCUGUGAUCAAUGCGAUAAAAAGUUUUUUAGGGCAAAUUUCCUAAAGAAUCACCUGAAAGUUCAUACAAAGGGGAAGCCUUAUGUGUGUUCUUUAUGUGGAAGUAGUUUUCGUCAGAUGGGUAGUUUAAAACUGCACCAGAAAAGACACAGCGGUGUGAAGGAUCAUGUUUGCUCUGACUGUGGGAAGGCUUUUUUUACAGAUGGUGCACUGAAAUUGCACAGGACAAUUCACAUGAGAGAAACACCGUACAAGUGUUCACACUGUGACAAGAGCUUCAAACGCUCAGAUUAUCUGAGAAUACAUGAGAGGAUCCACACUGGAGAGAAGCCGUAACACUGCCAUUCAUGUGGGAAGAGUUUCACUCAUUUUUCUUUUCUAACCACUCAUAAAAAAAAAAUGCAUGUCUGAAAUUAGAGUAAUUACAGAGUAGUAGUUCAAGUUAAGUGAUAAUUGAUUAAUCAAAGAUUAUUAGAACAAGUAAUUGUUGAUUAUUUCAGAUGAAUGUUUUUUUUUUUUAUUAAUCGUUUUAUUGUUCUACUCAUUUUAUUAUCAUUAUUCAGUUUAUUAUUCAUAACAGUUUUUCUUUGGUCAUAUCCCACCUGAACAACACAACACACGUCAGUAUUGCACAUCUGGAAAUAACUCAUCAAACCUUCUACUGUAAAUAGCACAUAUGCUCAUUCACAGUUCUGUCAAUGGACAUAUGUCCUUUUUCUGGAUAUUUUUAUUGCUAUAAUCUAUUCUCUCUGAUAUUAAUGUUUUAUUACCUUAAUUUGAUGCAUGUCUGCACUAUGUUUGUACUUUAUGUACUGGAAGCUCCUCUAACACUAAGAUAAAUUGCUUGUGUGUGUAAACACACUUGGCAAUAAAGCUGUUUCUGUUUCUGAUUCAUUUGUCUUUCUCUGUUUUUAAAUGUAUAUCAGUUAGGGUGGGCUGCACCAACAAAGAUUAAAUGAAGCAACGUUUAGAGCGAAUCAAGGAUUUGUUGAUCUAAGUUUUAUUUUAAAUCGAGUUGUGUUGCACCAAUUGAUUUUAAACACAAAUCAGGGAUUAGAAUUCUAACCUGCGAUUAACAUCUCCAGCUACGAUUAAUUUUCUCCGCCAUGGUGGCUUCACCAUGUAAUCAAACAGCAACAAUGUUAAUAUUCCUUAUCCUAAACUCUGUCUACGACAUAAGUUGAUUUAGUCGAUAACUGAAAUAAACUUGUGAAAUGUCAGCCAUCUUUAUAAACUGCUAUGUAGAGAGACAGUUGAUCAAACAUCUGAUCAAGCAAGCAAUGAAAACAUUAAGGCAGUGCAUACAGAUUUAUUACGGGCUGCCAAGACCCUGACAAUGCACUUUCAUUUUAAUUUGUAUUUGUAAUAAACACCUCUCCGAGACCCCCACUGUUUCAGUCUUUGUUCAAUCAGCCACA